CGACUCCCACGAGUUACCCUGCCUCGCCAGACGUGAGGCGAGCACUGCAAUGCUGCAGGAACUAUCGCAUAUGGACCGCAUCACACAGCUGCAAAAUGAAAUAGAACAAUUGUUGACGAUUAUGGCCGCGAGUAUCCAGUACCUGAGCUCGAAGACGAACUUCGAGCAGGUUAGCGCGGCGAUACCGAUCACGAAGCAGCGUAAUGUUGAGAAGAUGGAUCCGCCUGAUGUGUUUGAAGCGAACAAGGCUGAACUGGUCGCGGACAUUGUAUCCAAAGCGAAGCAAGUCGAAGUACUGAUCAAGUCGCUUCCAGUCCCGGAAUCCGAGGAAUCACAAGCUUUACGGUUUCAGGAGUUAGAGGAAGAGAUGCAAGAGGCGAACCAAGAAUAUAUUACUGCGUUGAACAGAGCUAAGGACCUUCACGGUCAAAUGUCCGAAGCCUUACGUGAAAUGCUCAGUGCGCCAGAGCUACCAGUUACAGCUGAUGACGGCGGGAGCUGAUAAGAAAAUAAACUGACCAAAGCUGAUUGAUUACUUCAUGGACUGUAAUUUCAUUUUUUCCGAAGCAUUAAUUGAAUAUUGUAGAUUCUCAGAGGCAUGAGUAUCUUGUCUGUUAAUGUGUUCAUGGAUUGAAAUCGAAUUUGAGUAAUGC